UUGAUAAAAAUUAAAAAGUAUAUAAGCAAAAUCGAAUAGAAAAUAUGCAUAAAAUUGUCAUAUGAUAGCGUGUAUAAUAAAACUGGAUUUUAAAAAAAUCAGAAAUCAUAUAAUAUAGAUAAAAACUAACAAGAUUUACAAUAAUUAAAAAUACUACAGCUAUAUGAAAUCAUCAUAUGUUUAUAUUUGAAAUAAACAGCUGUAAAAAUUUGACAGUUGGACAAAUUUUUUUCUAAUCAAUCAAUAACAAAAUUACAUAUAGAGAGAAAAAAUGGAUAAAAGGAGCAUCAAUACUGUAGCAACGGCAGCAAAUACAACACCAGCUACAAAAAAUAAUAACAUUAAAACAGCCACCUACGAUACCUAUAACAAUAAUAAUAAAUUAUCACGUGGUCAUAUACGAUCAUCAUCAUUAGAAAAUGCCAAUUCAUUUAUAUUAAAAAAUACCUUGGGUUUACCAUUAAUUACACCAGGUCACACUGGUACAUUAAAAUCACGUAAUGAACAAAAACGAUUAAAGAAUCGUUUCGGUAGUCAUAAUAAUUUAGAUGAUUAUGUUGCUCAAUCAAAAUCAAAAUUUCAAAACUUAAGAAAUAUGUUUGAAACAAAAAAUGAUUUAGAACAGCAACAGCAACCACUACAAAAUCAAAACCAGCAACAGCAAAAUUUACAUUCACAACAGCAACCACAACAGCAGCAAUUAUCACAAAACCAAAAUCAACAAAUAAAUUUAUCUUUAAUGAAAUCAAAUCAAAUUUAUCCAAAUAAUAAUUAUCAUAAUAAUAAUCAUUUACAUAAUCAUAAUAAUCAAUUGCAACAGCAAUUAUCAACACAACAACAAAUGAUUCAAACAACACAAUCUGCAGUAGUACAAUCACAACAUCAUGUUCAACAGCAUCAACAUUUACAUCAUCAUCAUCAUCAUCAGCAGCAGCAGCAGCAACAACAACAACAAUCACAACAACAACAUCACCAAAGGACACCAAGUAAAAUAAUUAAUGAAUCCAAUGUUAAUCAUCAAAAUCAAUUAUCAAUAUUGUCACAACAAUCCGGACAUAAUCAUCAAUAUAGAAUUCAGCAACAACAGCAGCCACAACAACAAUUACAUCAGCAGCAACAACAACCACAGCAACAUCUUCAACAUGCACAUUUAAUUGAAUUUAAUGAAAAUUUAAAUAUAAUCGAAGAUCGAAUCGCUGCAUUAACAAUGAAUGGUUCACAUACACAAAAUCAAUCGCAACGUCAAAUUUCAAUUAGCAGUUCAGAAAAUGGAAUCGAUCAAGCAAAGAAUUUAUUAAGACCGAUUGCCUUUAAGCCAAUACCAUUUGAACCGGACUAUAGUAUUCCAAAUAGAUAUAAUGAUUUAUGUGAUCGUUAUGGUUCAACUCCAUCAUUAGCUCCAAUUCAGGGACCAAAUAUGAAAUUUGGAAGUACAACAGAUCUUCGUCAUGGUGGUUAUAAUAGCUAUUGCAGUAAUUUAAUGGCACGUCGACGUUGUUCCCGUUCAUUGAAAAUUAAUGAUAGUAUGGAAUCCGUACGGCAUACACCAGAUUCUGAUGCAAAUAGCCAAAGUAGUACAAUAAAAUCUAGCAAUAAAUUCCAUCAUCAAGAUCAAUUUGAUAUGACACCAUCACCUUCAGAUUCUGGUAUAUCAGAACUUGAAGCUGCUCUUAAAGAUAGAGAUUCAGAAUUAUCAUAUUUAAGGCAAACAAUGGAACAUAAUGAAAAGGUUAUAUUUAAAGUUCAUAAGGAUAAAGAAGCAUAUUGGGAACAAGAAACUAAACGACUUAAAGCAUUUUAUGAAAGCCAACAAAGAGAAUAUUUAAUGAAAAUAAAAAAAUUGGAACAAAUGUUAACAUUACAAUCAUUUCAAUUUAAACAAAAUAAAUUACGUUUAUCGGAAAAUUCAAAUCGUAUUAAAGAACAAUUUACUGAUUUAAAAAAUGAAAAUGAUUUAUUAAGAAAUGAAACAGAAGGACUUAAAACAACAGAACGUACAAUGCGGGAUCGUGUUUUACAAUUGGAAGAAAAAAUUAAUGUUAUGGAUAAAUUAAUAUUAAAUUUAAAAACACAAUUAGAGGAAAAUGAAUGGACUGUAUGCCAGAAGAAUGGUGAAAUAGCUUUAUUAAAAACUCAAUUAAAAGAGGCUAAGAUGGAAUUAACACUCAAAGAUCAUGAAAUUGUUAAUAUUAAAACAGAACAUCAAGAAGAAAUUCAAAAUCAAAAUGAUACAUCAAUUGUUAAUGGCAUUAAUAAUAAUGAGUUCGAAACCAAUAAUAAUUUAGAUAUUGCACAAUUAAAUCGUAUUAUAAUAUUAAAAGAUCAAGUUAUUUUAGCACUAACAAAUGAAUUAGGUAAACUUCGUAAAGAAUUAUCUGAUUUAGCAAUAUUUCAUGAAUAUGGUGAAGAACCAUCUGGUAAAUAUACACGUUUAAAAUAUAAAAUUGAAAAUUUAUCUGGUAUUUGUAAAAAAAAUUCAAUAUCAAAUGAUAUUAAUCAUAUGGAAAAUUUUGAAAACCAAAGUAAUCAUCAUGAUGAAAUUGAUGGCGCUAAUGAUGAUAUUAAUAAUAGUAUCAUAACAACUGAAAAUUUUGUUAAAAAAGCUCUACAAGAAGAUGAUUUAGAUGUUAUUAUAAAUUGUUUAAAAUCAACUGGAACAUUAACAAAUGAUACAACAAUAUUUAAUGAUAAUGAAAAUAAUAUUUUAUUAAAUUCACCAAAUAAUAAUGGUGGUAAUGGUAAAAAAACAUCAAAUUUACCAGAUAUUGCUAGAAAUUAUUUAAAUCAAAAUAAUGAUACCCAAAAUGAACAAUUAAAAAAUUCUAUAAAUCAACAACAAUCAAUAAAUCGUAUUAAUGAAACUGAAUCACUUAAACGUGAAUUAGAAGAAGUAAGAAUGGCAUUUGAAAAUGAAAAACAAGAAUGGGCUGCAGAAAAAGAAAAAGUUUUGGCAUAUCAAAGGCAAUUACAAAUGCAUUAUAUUAAUAUGUAUCAAAAAAUGAAAGAUUUAGAAAAUCAACUUUCCCAAAGAUGUUGAAAAAAAUUUAAAAAUAAAAAAAUAAUUUGGGAAAUAUUAUCAAAUCAACUACAUUUUAUUUCUAUACUCCUCGUUUUUUGUUAUUAUAUUAAAUUUAAUUUAUUUCCAAAAAA